UCGUAAUAACUCGUAACUCAAUCAAGAAAUAUUUUGUUAGUUGUGUUCUGUUCUCCGACUCACGAAAUUAUAAUCAUUGGCCGUUGAUUUUGUUCCUCGGAACUAUUUUUGCAUCUACUAAGCUUAACUUAUAUGCUGUUAUCAAGACUCGCCAUUUGAUGGAUAAUAUUUUUUCACAACAAACUAGAACGCAAUGUCAAAGUGAAAACUCAUUUUGCACGAAGCUUAAUUAAGCUUAAGUCGAAAAUGGACAAAUUCGUGAUUAUAGGAGGAAUAUUGUGCUUCGCAGCUGAUGUUUUUGCUAUUGCUGCCUUGGCAACACCGAAAUGGGUUGUUACAGAACUCUCAGGUUUUAUUCACCUUGGACUGAUUGUUAUGUGUCAAAAGUCUCCACGGCAACCAGAAGUCUGUAUUAGUCCCGACCUUCCAGGUGAAUGGAAAGCAACUUUGGCAUUCUUACUGGUUGGUGUGUUAUCAUUAACUCUUAGUUGGUUAUUGAUAUUCAUCUCAUUCUGGAAACCAUCUUGUAUGUCUGCAGCAAGGUGGAUUGCAUUUUUAGCAAUGACAGUGUUCUGUUUUGCUGCAUUGAUAUUUCCACUUGGUUUCCAUAUGCCAGAAAUUGGAGGAGAAGCAUUCAAACUGCCAACAGGAACAAGUGUUGGGCCAUCUUUCUUCCUGUUCAUUUUUUGUAUUGUUUUUACAGUUGCCUCAGAGUUAUUCAUAUUUAAAGUUUGCCCUUUGUUAUUGCGCUGAUAAGAGCAAGUGUCAUUGUCUAAGGAGUGCAACCUUCAUAGUCCAUCAACUUCAGUUUUUUSCUCAUACAAAACAAAGUGUAUUUACAAUUAAAAAAAAAUUUCCACUAUGAAUUUUUUUCKUUUUAUUGUAAAUAAUUCAUAGCCUUAAAUUGUAUUGUAUACAUUUUGUACAGCAUGUUAUGUCAAAAAGUGUUUUCAUGUUGUGUCAAAAAGUGUUUACAUCAUAACCUUGAAUUUAUAAUAUUAAAAGUGUAUAUAUGGG